AUGUCGACCAAGAUAGCGAAUCCUCCAACGGAGGAUGUCAAAGCCCAGGGGGCCAAAACAGAAGAGUCCCGGACCAACGACCAAUCCCAGCAGGCCCAGACGAGUGAAUAUCAGUUGCAGGAUGGACAAGGAGGGAAAUCCCAGCCAUGGAAGGCUGGCUGGAUUGCACGGAACAAGGAUGGCGUGAAAAAGCCAGAGACUAAAGGUCUUAGCCAUGGCACGGAAAAGGGUGAUAUCGUGGUGAUCGGCGGCUUUACCAGUGGCGUGGCUAUUAGAAUGACACCGAACAAGACUCUGUAG